AUGGGUCACAACAACAAAUUAAAAGUAAUACAGAGCGGAAGCAAAGCGGAAGGACUUGAUUUAAAAAGCAGCGAUUUAGAUUUGAUGAGCAUUACUCCUUUGUUAAAGGUGUAUCAAUCAGAACCAGAAGUUGAUCUUGACGGUCUGACAGUUCCCUUAAUCAUGAAUACGGAGGAGACCCAACCCUGCUUUACACAAUUGCGUCUUCUAGAUCAUCAUCAAGUGUUCACAAAUAUGUGGCAAAAAAAUCAUUUAGGAUAUAUGCUUUCAAGUGAACAGUAUAAACUGUUCUAUUUGUCAUUAGUUCCCGGUUCCUGGAAAAUUCACGGCCCAUGUUUGUCAGAUAUGCAAGGGCGCAUGGAUUUGGCGUUUUGCCUCAAAUGUGACCGAUGGAUAUUUCAAGCAGAGCCAUGGGUCAGUAGAGCACGUACAACAUGGCCAUCGUCUGAUAUCAUUUCCAAAAUAAUAUCUUAUGGAGUGUUAUUCGUUCCAAUUGGAAUCAAAGGAUCCGUAAAUGAAAAUUUAGAAUGGCGAAUUUCAUUUUCUAUAGCAGAAAAGUUUCUCAUUUAUUCCUUCAGUCAUGUACAACUAUUAUGUUAUGCAAUGUUAAAAGUCUUGGUAAAGGAAAUUUUAGAAAAACACGAAGAUUUGAAAGGUUUGCUGUGUUCGUAUUUCUUGAAAACACUGAUGUUUUGGAUUUCUGAAGAAACAGACCCAAAUCUAUGGCGACCAGAUAAUAUCAUACAUUGUUUCAAUGCAUGUGUACAAAGACUAUUAUACUGUGUUAGGUAUACAACCUUGUCGCAUUAUUUCAUUCCGGCCAACAACCUGCUGUUCAAUUCUGUUAUGAACAGAGAAAAAUUGACAACUAUACUUGAGAAGUUAUAUGAGUGCGGAAUUUAUUGUUUUGCGUAUUCUGAUACCCUGAAAGAUUACAAAAGACAGUCCUACGAAUUCACUGAAUCUUUAACCAGUAGAAUCGUCAGAACAGUACACAAAACUUUUUGUGAUUAUCCAAAUAUUAAGAAAAUACAUCUACUAUAUAAUUGUCUGCAUCAUUCUAGAUGUAGUUUAUCUGGUGGUUUAAUUGCUUUACGUUUAUCAAAAGCAUGUUGGUUUGCUUUAGAUUCUGCCAAAUUUCCAAAUAGCUCAGAUAACAAACACCAGUACUUCAACUACAAGUAUGAUCUCAGUCAUUUAUUGGUAGGUUUACAUUCAGAUGCUGUAACUGGAUGGCUGUUGUUGGCCUCAUUCUUCUAUGUUCAUAAAAAAUACUUCGCCUCAUUAAGUGUGAUGAAUUAUGCAUUGCAAAAAUGCACUGAAGAGAAAAUUUAUUCGACCAGAUCCGAAUAUACGUUCAUUCAAAAUCAUGAGCUGUACCAGCUGAAAAAUGAAAAACUUUAUACAGUAUUGAAAGCUGUGACAAUUGAAUCUCUUAUAUUUCACGGGAAGUCAUCAUUACUUCCAAAAGAAUUACAAAAAGAUGCUAUAUAUGAUGUUCUCACCCAUAAUAUUUUUUAUUAUCCUUUAUCAUUUGCGUAUUUCCUAAGUUUCUUAUGUUUCUAUCAUCUUCAUGACUUAAGAUCAAGUAGAUAUUAUUUCCAAAAACUAAAAUCAACAGAUGAUAUAACCACCCCUCUUUAUGUUGGAGCAACUUUUUGUUCGCCGAUUUUUGACCAGUUAAUGGGCGACACAUACUUGAGUAGACAUGUAUUUCAAGAAACUGCUAUAGAUGAUCAGCCUGGAACAACCAUCAUGCGUGUAGCAGCUGAAAAAAUAAUGAACGAAUUCAAAAGCUAA